AUGAGGGGUGCAAUCGUCUUUGGCGGCACUUCGCAUCCCAAGCUCGUCGAGGGCAUUUGCGACAGGCUGGGCAUGAAGCCAGGCUCGGCAACCCUGGGCAAAUUUAAAAAUGGAGAGACUUCAGUCACGAUUCAUACCUCGAUCCGAAACAAGGAUGUCUUCAUCGUCCAGAGCGGAAGCGAGAAAAUCAACGACUCGGUCAUGGAGCUGCUGAUUAUGAUCUCGGCCUGCAAAGGCGGCUCUGCAAAGUCGGUCACAGCUGUCAUGCCCUACUUUCCCUACUCGCGCCAGUCAAAGAAGAAGCAGCACCGUGGCGCCAUCACCGCCCGCAUGGUCGCAAAUCUCUUGCACAUUGCCGGCGUCAGCCACGUCAUGACGAUUGAUCUACACGCUUCGCAGAUGCAGGGCUUCUUCAAGUGCCCCGUCGACAACCUCGUCGCCGAGCCCCUCAUCGCUCGCUGGAUACGCGUCAAUGUGCCCAACUGGCGGGAGGCCGUGGUCGUCAGCAAGAACCCGGGCGGUACAAAGCGUGUGACGUCGCUGGCCGACGCGCUGAAGCUCAGUUUCGGCAUUGUGACAACCGACCGGCGCAGGGCGGGCACCGCCGUGCACUGGAACGAGAGUGCCAUGUUCGAGCAGCUUCGCCUGGAUGGCGCGUACGAAACACCGGACCUGGUGCGAACUGCGCUGGAUUCCGACGCCGAUGUCACGCCAAUCAGCAGCAUCACGAUUGAUCCAAAAGCAGAGUCAGGCAAAUCGAGCCUCAGACGCACCCCCACAAAUCCACUGGUCAGGCGACUUCACGAGCAAACAGGGAGCCACCCAUUGUCCAAGUCGAUGCGAGCUGGCUCCAUUGUCGAGCCAGAAGUGCCAUUGGAGCCCAUUCGAACUGAUGCUGAGAACCACGACCAAGAGGUUGAGCAACUGGAUGGUGAGGAGAGCGACACAGAGGAGUAUACUGACGAGCGCGCGCGAAACGUCAUUCACGGCCGCCUCGUACAAGGCCACAUUGUCGACGAUGCCCACCCGUCUCCAUCCAUGUCUGCAACCUCGCACAGCACCUGGCGCAAUCGCGCUCCAUCCGACGGCGACAACGACGAUAUACCCACCCAUAUGAUGGCCUCUUUCGUUUCGAAUGCGUCGUCUAAUCGCAACAGAGAGACUGAACACUCGCACGCCCUGGGUGGAACCUACGACGCUGCUGCUUCAUCUGAAGACGAAGAAGAAGAUCUCAAGAAUCCCGAGCUCGAGACCAUGGUCACGCUUGUCGGUAAUGUCAAAGAUCGCCCCGUCUUCAUUGUCGACGACAUGAUGGACAAGUCUGCAUCGUGGAUUGCCGCCGCCGAGACGGUCGUGAAGCGCGGUGGCGCAACCAAGGUGUACUGCUUUGCUACGCACGGCAUCUUUGGCGGUGACUGUCUCGAGGAGAUGAACAACUGUGACGUCAUUGACAAGAUUGUCAUCACCAAUGCAUUUCCCGUCCCUGAACACAAGCUUGCUCAGGCGAGUCCGAACAAGCUCGUAAUCAUGAAUGUCGAUAACCUGCUAGCAGAGGCAAUACGGCGCAAUCACCAUGGUGAGAGUAUGAGCCAGCUCUUCAUGCACUACGACUGA